GCUUUGUGCUGAAAGCUGGCAGCCAAACAGCAGAGUGUUAAGGGGAGCUGUGUAGUUUUACUUUGUGCUGAGGUGAAGCUACUCUGAAUUCAGCCUCAUUGCAACUGAUAAAAAAAAAAAAAUGUUAAAGCUAUUUUCAGUUGUGAAUGACACUGAAAAAAUCACUUACAAUAUUUAUGUCUUGGGACUGACAAACUAAAAGUAAACUCAGUUGAAACAAGUCAUUCAUUUACAGCCCCGUUAUGGUUGUGUUACUCAGCCUGUCCAGGUCACGAUGCAAACAUGGAAAGCAGAUACAAAGCAUAGAAAGCAAAACAAAGGUCCCACCAUAUUGUGCUCCUUUUCAGCAAAGUAAUGAAAGUCUCACCUCCUCCUGAAGGGUCUUUUCAUUUCCAAGCUUAAAACACUGCAGAGUUCAUUUCACCAUGACUGCAUGACUUCUGUUUUUUGUGGAAACUAUGUUGUUGUUGUUUAAGCACGAACAAAUUAAUUCAUGUAUACAUAUGGGGGUAUUAUUGUAGCAAAACUAUUUGUAAAUGUGUGUGUGGAGAGUUGUGUGUCUGUGGUGAGAUUUGUUGUCUGUCUUUUUACACAUGACUUUUGCUGCACUUCUGCCUGUGAGAUUCGUAUCUGUAACAUCAGGGUUUCUUUGCCCUGAGCUCAGGCUCACAGGCUCCUUCAUUCUGGCUGCCACUCUGCUGCUCUUUACCUCAGUAGUUAUGCUGCCUGCAAGCCAUCAGGCGGCGCUAUCCCUUAGAGUCUUUGAGGGCACACAACAUUGUCUGGUAUGUGAACAAGUCGCCGAGCAAAAACUUUCAUGAUGACAGACAAACCUCUGGAAACACAAACCUCAGCCAAACAGACACCAAUAUGACGAGGCAGACAGGAGACUGUCAAACAAAUGCACCUUAAUCAUGAUGUGGAAAUGAAUGAAUAAAGCCUUUAAAACAGCCAGCAACCUUUAAACCAUCCUGACUGCAUCACCUACCUCAGAGUCACAGAGGAGCCCAUGUGGCAACCAGGAAGAAGAGACCAAAGGCAGCCAUGAUGCCACAGGUGCUCUAAGCACCCUCAGUCAGGGGCAGGGCCAUGGAAGGAGUCAUCCAGUUCUAUGGUGGUGUGUUUAAGGGUGGUCAGGAAAUACGGCAUUCACCUGAGCACAAAUGUUACCACUGCCAUGAGCAAGAAAUCUGAAUUACAUUUUGAGAAUUAUUUACUGUGUAACGUUGUUGCUGUCUGAACCAUAAACUGCAAAAUGAAACUCCCGUACAGGCUGUUGUUUAUAGUUCAUAUCAGGACAGUAUUAACAUCUGUGUCUUUGAACUACUUUACAGCAUCAUCCCAUCAGUUGCGCUACAUGUAUGGAUGCUAUGAAUCCGACGACGUGCGAGUGGAUGCUGUCCUUGACGAGGAUGUAAUCGGAUAUGCUGAUUUUAACAAGGAAGAGAUGGUGAUAGCAUUACCUGACCCUCCACAGUCUGUAGAAGACUUCAAGAAACGGGCUAUCGAAUUUGCUAAUGCUGACAGGACACACUGCCACAAUUCUUUGGGUCGCGCAAAAGCAGCUGAUCCCGGUUCUCCCAUGCAGCAAGAUCCUCCAGACAUCUUCAUGUAUACCCGGUAUGAGGGGGAGGAAGAUGUCAUCAACACUCUCUACUGUUUGGCCAACUACUUCUACCCGCCCACCAUCAACUUCACAUGGAGCAAAAAUGGGAUGGAGGUCACAGAGGGGGUAACGAACCUGCGUUACCGCCACAACGACGAUGGGACGUUCCACAGAAUUUCAACACUGAGUUUUACCCCUCGAGAGGGAGACUUUUACACCUGCAAGGUGGAACAUCAGGCCUCACAGCAGCCUCUGACCAGGACCUGGGAGCUGAAGAAGAGGAGCAGCGUGAGUCCUGCAGCUGUGUUCUUCUUCGUCAGCCUUGUUUUGUGCCUGAUGGGAAUCGGAACCGGAGUUUACUUUUUAAACAAGCAGCCAAGUUAAUGCACUGAGUUUUGGGAUUUUACUGAGAGCAGCUCGGCCAGUACUUAGAUAUUUUUAUAAAUGCUUGACCUUGCUUGACCUUUGUUUGAGCUGCAUGCUGAGGGUGCUUUUUUAUGUACACUGAAGUCGGCAAAACACAUAACCAAGAUCAUAAGAGAAGUUUAAUCAAGCACUCUAUGUGGACUACUAUGUUUACUUGAUUGUUAUCAGUGAAUUGCAGUUUGUUGUGACUUCAGUGAAGAUGCACUCUGUCUGAGUUUCCGUUGUUUAUUUCAUCUGAAUUAUUUUUAAUAUCGUUUAAUGCUUAAUAAAGAAAUCAUUGUUGGGCGA